AUGGUGUCCGAAAAGAAUGGUGGUGUCUUGUUAGCGGAUUACCCAAAGUUACCACUUCCGCAGGAGCGAGUUGAUGAACUCGUACUGUCGUCCGUUGACUGGGCACACGCGCACGGUUUGGUUAUGAGAACAAAGGAACACAAGGACCGCAGCGAUAUUUGCCAAAGUGCGCCUUUUGCUCUACUUCCUACACCCUUCCCUCGGAAACUCUUCGAACAGGCCGUCAAUGUCCAGAAUUUAAUGGCCACGCUAUACCAUGAAAUCGCCUAUGACUUCGAGUUUCUAAUCGAAUGUCACAAGGAUGUCAUAAAGACCGAUACUUUCACUCGGGGCUUGAUCGAUAUUCUGAUGAAGGUCAGGGAUGAA